CGCGCCUGAACGCCGCGCUUGCGCACUCAGCCAGUCGCCGCGCUGACCCUGCGGACGUGAGCUUGCCUGCCGUCUUGGCGAAACCCAGGCUCUGAGAUGCGUCCCUGCCCGGCGUUUGCCAGCUCCGGGCAUGGGAUAUCACAGUCCCUGAACUCGGCUUGACCCCUGCAGACUCCUUACUUGCACAGCAGAUGAGGCCAAACACAUAGCUUCCGUCUAGGGAAAGAACUCUGUGGAACUUAAGAAUGCCAUGGAACUCAUCAGGAUAUGCCACUGAGGAAUGUGAUGGCUGAAAACAACUUUAAAAUGCUGAAGAUUCAGCAAUGUGUAGCCAACAAACUACCUAGGAACAGGCCAUAUAUUUGCAAUAUCUGCUUCAAGCACUUUGAAACACCAUCAAAAUUAGCUAGGCAUUAUCUCAUUCAUACCGGUCAAAAGCCAUUUGAAUGUGAUGUGUGCCAUAAAAACUUUAGACAACUCGUUCAUCUGGAGAGGCAUCAGUUAACUCACAAUCUGCCUUUCAGUUGUAAUAUUUGCCAACGCCACUUUAAAAAUUUGAAGACAUUUGUGAAGCAUCAACAGCUUCACAAUGAAUCCUACCAUAAUGAUGUUAAAGUCAGAAGACUGCUUGAGACCAAGCAAGAGAAGCCGGUAUAUGGAAUGUGUAAUACUUUUACUGCAGAUGAGAGAUGGGCACUACACCCAUGCUCUAAGUCUGAUGCCACAUACAGCACCACGAAGAGAAGAAAGAAUAUCCACGCGUGUACGAUCUGUGGCAAAAUGUUUCCGUCACAAUCAAAACUUGAUAGGCACUCACUUAUUCACACCGGGCAGAGGCCUUUUAAAUGUGUCCUGUGCAGUAAAUCUUUCCGACAGUCAACCCACUUAAAAAUCCACCAACUCACACAUUCAGAAGAAAGACCUUUUCAAUGUUGUUUUUGUCAAAAAGGAUUUAAGAUUCAAAGCAAACUUCUGAAGCAUAAGCAAAUCCACACUAGGAAUAAGACUCUUCAGAAUCUUCCUUUAAAAGUAAAAAGUCCUGAGUCAUGUCCCCUACCUAAUAAAUUAAACGCAAAGCAGGAUGCUUUUGAAAGUGGUGAUAUGGGUGAAUCUGAGGAGAAUAAUCCUCUUGAUGUCCACUCAAUUUACAUUGUCCCUUUUCAGUGUUCGGAGUGUGAAGAAUGUUUUGAGUCAGAGCAGAUUCUCAAUGGACACAAGUGUCUUCCUGCCAGAGGUGGCAGAGUUCCAAGCAGACUCAAAAGAAGCUGUAACUAUAAGACCAUUGUUAAAAAGCUCUUGGCUAAACUUAAACGUGCUGGGGGUAAAAAAUCAGAUGAUCUUCAGUCAGAGAAGAAGAGAACAUUUAAAAGCAACUACCUGAAAAAUUGUGAACGCUCUUCUGGUAAGCCGAACAUAGAACAAACUCAGAGAACAUUUGUGGGUUCUCUUAGCAGACAUGGUUCAUACAAGACAGUUAGCAAAAAGAAGAAGAAAACUCUGGCUUUGCCAUUUUCUUGGCAAAAGCAAUUCCAGAGCCAAAAUACGGGUAAGAGUUUGCAAGGCAUCCUUACAACGGGAAGCAUAUUAUCUAUGGAUGGUUCCGUCAAUAAUAAAGACUUGUCAAUCUAUGGUUCGUCAGGUGAGGAAUACUUAAACUGUGACAUGCUUCAGUGUGGUUUUUCAGAUUCAAGUGAAAAUAUACAUACUGGACAUAAGAUGUGUCCCUGUGAUAAAUGUGACAAAGUGUUUCCUUCUAUUUCUAAGCUACAAAGGCACUAUUUAAUUCAUACUGGACAGAGACCUUUCGACUGUAAUGUUUGUGGAAAAUCUUUCAGACAGUCAGCUCACUUAAAAAGGCAUAAACUAACUCAUAUUGAAAAGAUUCCUUACAGUUCUUUUUGGCGAGUGGACUUUGGAAAUGUGAACCAACUUUUCAUCCAUCCAAGUGAUGAUGUUAGCUAUAAUGCCUCCCAACAGUGCGAGGGGCUUGGUUCCCAAAGCUGUGAAAGUUCAGAGUCCAGUCAGGUAUCAGAAAUUGAAGUCAAGGUAGAACCAGAGGAUUUUCUUCUUGGUUCCCACUGUAGGAGCAGGCAGUCUUACCUCGCCAACGCACUGGUGGAGUCAGAGCAGAGCCAUCAUUGUUACAGUUACUUAGGCCGUCCUGAAAGAAGUGACGGGCUCCUUUACCAGUGCAGUGUUUGUUGUAAACAUUUCCGAUCUCCGUCCAAACUAGAAAGACACUAUUUAAUUCAUGCAGGGCAGAAGCCAUUUGAGUGCUCAGUCUGUGGUAAAACAUUUAGACAAGCACCUCAUUGGAAGAGACAUCAGCUCACUCACUUUAAGGAGCGACCUCAAGAGAAAGUGGUUCUAGACUCAACUGUGUAACGGAAAACCACUAAUGUGAUAUAAUACCCCAUAAGGCAUUUUUGCCAAAGGCCUACAUUUGGUGACUUCAUAGGCAAUUGCUUGCCAUGCAUAAUCAGGAGUAAGAUAAAUAAAAUGGGUGUUUUAGACACAGUUAAAUGACUUGAGAAGGAAUAGCAUGGUCUGAUGCCAUCCAUAGGACUCUAAGGUUGUCAGCAUAUAACUCUGGUUGUAUUAAAAGCUAGGAAUCCAUCAUGUCCAAUUUGGCCUCAUGUGUUGAAUUACUCAAGACCUUGUGUGUCUUUGGUUUUAUGCGUAUCUCCCAGAAGGAGGCCAGAAUUGCCAUUCAGCUGCAACUAACCAUCCUGCCCUAUUUACUUCUACAUGGAAGCGUACAUUUUAUUGCAAAACAGUUUUCUUACAAAUUAAGAGUAAUAGAUAUGGAAAUAGGUUGGGGAAAUUAAAGCAUUUUACUUUUCUAUAGUGGUUUCUCCCCCCCCCCACCCCUUUUUUGAGACUGGUAAUUUUACCUUCUAAGACAAAAGUUUUACCCCCCCCCCCCAAAUCCCAAUCUAGGUUACUAUUUUCCCUGAGGAAUUUAAAAGUAGCAAGAAGCUGGGUUGUACCCAUGUGUAUUUACCAUCCACUAAUGUUUACAUUUGCAUGGUGUUUUCCAAGGGCCAUUAUGUCAGCAGUUGUAUCUUUUUAGUUAAAUGCAGUGCACCUGUUUGCUUAUUAGUGGUUGACAGCAGACAGCAGUGGCCAGGGGCAAGACUUUGCUUUAACAACUCUUUGGCCAUAAGAAUUAAAUCUCUUCUGCUAAAUUCAAUCAAAUGGCAAUAGCUAUGUAGUUUCAGACUUCACUCUUCUGUGAAAGACACUAAUGUUACAGUAUUUUUUUUUUUUGACCUUCGUUGUUCCUUCAGUUAGCAAAAGUCCCUAUACAGGAAUAUGGUGCUUAGAAAGCUCAAGGCAGUAUUUGUUUCUAAACAGUAUUGUCAUGACUUGACAAAAUAUUUCAUUUAAUCCUAAUAUGAAAGAAAUGACCUAGUCACGAGUCCUUCACAUUUGUGGCAGUUUGUAAAAUCUUUGACUAACAUUUUUUCGCAAUAAAAAGGUCAACUGUUUUGUUUCUAAGGUGAAAAGAAACAGGUGGAUAUUUCACAUGCUUAAAUAUAGUGAAAAGCCCUCUGUUGGAAGUAUGGGUGAUGGAGUAAUUGUAAGUUUUGAUCAUGGUGUAAGAGCUGUACUUUGUGAGGGGAAGGAAGGAGGAAAGCUUUCGCCCCAAGUGAGCCUUAAGAAACUUGGAUAUAAUUUACACAGAUGAAAUGUGACGGUAUGAGUAAAAUAUCCAGAUGAUAAAUAAAUGUGCCUAUUCUGAAGUAGAGAAUCUGUCUAAAGAGGAGAGCCGCAUGCUCCAAGGAAUAGCUUCUGUUUCUUUAAGACUUGAGGUAUGUGUUUCCUGCGCAAACAAGUGGCUCACAGAACCGAAUGCACAGAACUCUUAAGGAUGCAUCUGUUGGUUAAAAGCAAAGCAUAAAUCGUUCAUGUUUUCCAAGAGUAAAAGUUCAAGAGUUAUUUAGUGUGUGAAAUUGUGGAUUUGGGCAUUUCUUUAAGUAAUUUAUAUAAUUUUAUUUGAAAAGAAAUGCCUGAUGUGUUUCUUUCCCCCCUAGACAGGGAAAGUUCUGAAUGUUGUGCUUGUAUGACCAUGAGUCUUUGCCUGAGUGAUAAGAUACAUUUUUUUUGGCUCAUGCCUUUUGAAGCUGUUUCAUAUUGAAAGUUGAAAUAUUGUAAAAAUUUUGUCAAGAGAUGUAUUGUAGUGCUCUUUGAAGUACCUGUAACAAAAAAAACUUACCUUUAUUACCAUUGCAAGCUUCUUAUGGGAAUUGUAGGAGUGGAAAUAAAAUAUGAAUUUAUGUUAAGAUAAACAUGUUAAAUGAUGGUUUGCUGCAUGCUAGAACUGUACUUACUGAGUCAAUUAUUUUGAUUUUUUUAAAAAAAUAAACUUUAUAAAUAUCUUUUAAGAGAACUAGA